AUGACAAUUUUUGGUUACGAUGACAAUUUUUUUAUCCUCAGAAAUAAGAUUUAUACAAAAUUAGGAAUGCCCAAAAAAGAAAUGCCGAAACUGCAAUAUGUCUAUUGUAUCGGAACAUUUCUAUUGGCUUUAGCUUAUUAUUGUGGAGAGAUUGUAUUGAUGGCUGAGUAUUCGAACGAUUUGUCCCAAAUGCUCGGUUUCCUGCAGGCGUUUCUUACUCUAACAAUGGGUUUUUAUAAAUUCUUCAAUGUUGUAUUUCGAGAUAAAGAAAUAAAAGUGAUAAUGAAUCUUUUGCAAUUGGACAAAUUUAAAUACAAAUCAAUUAAGAAUUUUGAACCAUACAAAAAAUUUAAUGAAGGAAUAAAAAUUGCGAACAACUUGAAUUUGGUAUUAGUAACAGUUUAUUUUGGAGUUGGAUUCACUGCCCAUUUAAUGGCGGCAUUAGAAAUGCACCUAUCGAGUUAUGGAACAGUUAACGAUACUAGAACUUGUGUAGAGAUUUUUAUGUUCUCCACUUACAUACCAUUUAAACCAACCAGUUAUUUGGAGUGUCACUUUUUCUUUGCACUUGUAGAUUGCCAGUUAGCAAUUUUUUCGGUGUGGAUAUCAGCACAUGAUACAACUUAUAUUACGUUGUUGCAUUGUUUGAAAACACAAUUUUAUAUUCUGGGAGAAGCGAUUCAAACCAUAAGAGAAAGAACUUUGGAUAAAUUAGGUCUGCCUUUGGAUUUCGAAGUAUUCAGAGAUGAAGAUCAUUUGAAGUUAGAAAAAGAAAUGUACAAGGAGCUUCGUCGUUGUACCAAGCACUUAAUGCUUUUAAUUAGAGUUUAUAAUAAGCUGGAAAACGUAUUCUGUUAUGUUAUACUAGGACAGUCUAUGGUUACUUUAAUGGUACUUGCUUCUUCUCUUUACGCCAGCAGCCUUAUUCCCUUCGGAUCACCAGUGUUUUUCUCCCAAAUGGAAUAUUUAGUGGCUGUUUUAUGUCAAUUCGCAUUCUAUUGUUGGUUUGGAAAUGAAAUUGUUUUAGCUGGCGAAUUUGUUCAAGAUUCUAUGUUCCAAUGUGACUGGUUGAGUGCAAGCAUACGGUUCAAAAAAUGUUUGAUAAUAAAUCACGAACGAUUGAAAAAAUGUUUAUUUUUGACUAUUGGAAAGUUCACUACUUUAAAAUUAUCUACACUUAUUACUGUUGUACGAGCUUCGUUUUCAUACUUCUCAGUUUUUAAAAAUAUUGAAAAUUAAUUUUAACGGAAAGAUAUUUUCAUUUUUAGUCACUUAACGCGAUAAAUUCACACUUAAUUCAAUACAAAUAUAAUUAGUUCUUAAGCACCACUUGAUUGUCAAUAAAUUAACAAUCAAUUCAAUAUAAUUAUGUAUACUUAAAAUGAACAGUUAUUACAUUAUUAAAAUUAUA